AUGCGAUCCAAGUUUAAGGACGAGCACCCCUUCGAAAAGCGAAAGGCCGAGGCUGAGCGCAUCCGCCAGAAAUAUGCCGACCGAAUUCCUGUUAUCUGCGAGAAGGUCGAGAAGUCGGAUAUCGCCACCAUCGACAAGAAGAAGUACCUGGUGCCUGCCGACCUCACUGUGGGACAGUUUGUCUAUGUGAUCCGCAAGCGCAUAAAGCUUUCCCCCGAGAAGGCUAUCUUCAUCUUCGUUGAUGAGGUCCUCCCUCCAACUGCUGCGCUCAUGAGUAGCAUCUACGAAGAGCACAAGGACGAAGAUGGCUUCCUGUACAUCACAUACUCGGGCGAGAACACAUUCGGUGACCUGUAG